AUGGGUAACUUUGCAAGCCUUGAAGCCGACGGGCCUCCCCAGGGAGGAUUGGCCUUUUACAGCUAUGCCGCCUUUCAGGAUGUGCUCGGCGGUCCGCAUCUUCCUCUUUUGUCUCAUACCGAAUUCGAGAACGCGACCUUGACCACGGCGGCUCGUUUCAAUGCCUCCAGAGUUAUGGAUGUCACAAACAUUGUUCGCGCAUCAAUCGCAGCCUUGCUGGUGUGUCUCGCUCUCGUCAGACCGCUUCUUCGCAAAAGGCCCGCCUGGUGUCGCGGCUUUGCACAGGAGUCGCUGUAUUCCGAGGCCGCGCAACCUUCUUUGAAAAAACCCUGGACGUUUUGGACUGUCUACCUUUUUGCAGUGGCACUUGCAGGGCUGGUUCAGGCUAUCUUGUCUGUCCUCGCGCCGCCGCGUCGCGUAUUUGGUCUUCUAGACCUUGUGCCAUGGAUUGCGGCGUUGCUCAUAACCGCUGUCAACCGCCCUACGAAGACACCCAAGACGUUGCUGUUUCUCUAUGUCGUAAUCCUGGCGUGCGGCAUUGUUUCGACAGCAUUCAGCUACAGGCUUCAUAGAUUGAUUUCUACGCUCGUUAUUGCAGAUCCUGUUGUCGGCUUAGUAGGCAUCGUCGGCAUCGUCGCAAUGCCGAUGCGAGACCCUUCUCUCAGCGACUCCGAUAUUGCCCGAAAGGAGCCAACAGACGCGCUCCGCAGCCCUGAAGACAACCUUUCACUUUGGAAAUUUAUGACAGUGUCAUGGAUGGCGCCAAUGAUUGCCAGGGGUUACGAGAAGCAGUUGCAUAAUGAAGAUGUAUGGCAGUUGCCGUUCGACUUUCAGCACGAAAGGCUUCAUGCUCUCUUUCAUGAGCUUCGUGGCUCCAUGACAGCCAAGUUGUUUUCGGCCAACGGACUGGACCUCAUCAUUCAGUCUUGCCUUGGAAUCAUUGAGUGUGCUGCGGCUCUCUCUAUUCCUAUGCUGUUGCAACAGCUCCUGCGGGCUAUUCAGAGCGGUUCGAUGAACAUUGAAGUGUCUAUUCUGUACGCUAUUGCUAUCUUGGCUGUUCGCCUGGUCGCCUGUCAGGCAGCUGUCUUUCAACUUUGGUUCUCCAGGCGUUGCUACGAGCGGUCUAGAGGCGAGAUGAUCACGACCAUCUACGCUAAGACGCUGUCUAGGAAACACUUUGGCCAGCCUGCUGGUGAGAAGAUGAUCGACGCCGAGGACGAUGACAGUGAAGACGACGAAGAGACUGGUGCCGAUGGUGUCAUCAACAAUGACGAGCAAACCGGCCGCUUCAGCAGGUUCCUGGGCUGGUUUCGUCGCGGUCAAUCCACUCGUCCCAAAUAUCAGCGACUGCAGAAGCAAAAGGCGCAGAGGCAGCCUGCCACCACUGGAAAAAUCCUCAAUCUCAUGAGAAACGAUGUCUAUGAAGUUGCGCAGCGGUUUUGGGAAUUCCCUACGAUUGUUACGAAGCCACUUCAGUUCAUCUUCUCAUUCAUCCUCGUGUGGCAACUCCUGGGUUAUUCCUGCUUGUUCGGAAUGGCUUGUAUAAUCUUCGCCCAAAUGUUGAAUACGAUCUUCAUCACUCAACUCCUCAAGAACGAGCGCGUACGCAGGGCUGCAACUGAUGCUAGGCUGCAAUCAACAUCUCAGUUUGUCGAAGGAAUUCGGCAUCUGCGGUGGUAUGAUUGGCAAUCGAAGUGGCUGGAUAGCAUAAUGGUCACCAGACGACACGAGCUGCGCACCAGAGUGGUGACGGGUCUAUGGAGUAUUGCGAUAUCUACCCUUAACAUCACUUCUGGUACACUCUUCCCAGUUGCCACGUUCUUCGCCUACACGUUCAUUGCCGGCAGGACUUUGACAGUCGAUGUGGCGUUCCCCGCCCUUUCUCUCUUCACUCUGCUAGAGACCAGUUUCAAGGAGCUACCCAGCCUCAUCACUGUCCUUCUAAAUGCAUCAAUUGCCAUGGGCCGUAUUGAGGAGUUCAUGAGCGAACCAGAUAAGGAAGGUAUCUUUUCAGACCAUCUAACGAAUGACAUCAAGUUCACCAAGGCGACAUUUGCCUGGCCCGGAUACGAACAGCCGGUGCUAAAGAACCUCGAUAUCAGCUUCCCUCAGGGCCUCACUGUUGUGUUUGGUAAAGUUGGAUCGGGUAAGACGGCGUUGCUACAGGCGAUUCUUGGCGAACUUGAUCGUCAAAUGGGCGAUGUCAUUAUACCAACCGAACCCAUUGGGUAUUGUGCUCAAAGCCCCUGGCUGCAGCACAUGAGCAUCCGUGACAACAUCCUUUUCUCAGCACCUUUCGACGCUACUAGAUAUACACAGACGUUGGAUGCAUGUGCUCUACUACCGGACCUGGCGAACUUUAAGCACGGCGAUCUAUCGGACAUGGGAGAGAACGGCAUUGGCUUGUCAGGUGGCCAGAGAGCGCGUGUCGCUUUAGCCCGUGCGGUAUACAGCCAGUCUCGCGUGCUGCUGUUGGACGAUCCUCUCGCUGCGCUGGAUCAUAACACCGCCGAGUCUAUCGUGAGAAAGCUUCUUCAGGGCCCGCUUGUGGAAGGCCGCACUGUGGUCCUCGUUACCCAUAGAGUUGACCUUUGUCUUCACUUGGCUGGCCAGAUGGUAGAAGUUACCGACAACACCGCUCGGGUUUUAAACUCGGAAGAAGCGACAGCCGAAGUUGCCAAGUUUCUCUCUGAGGAUGACGAUCCAGUGGCACAUCAUGACGAGCCGGAGCAGACACUCGAGGAGCAGCAAGACGCCGCCGUGCCGUCCAAGUUCAUCGAGGAGGAGCAUCGAGCUCACGGAGGCGUGAUGCUGUCGGUUUACUGGACAUACAUCAAAGCUGGAAAGCUCAAGUGGUGGACUGUGCUUGUGCUAGUUUUCGGCUUGUUCAGAUUGGGCAGCCUGCUCAACUAUUGGUUUCUCAAAGCCUGGGGAGAAGCUUACAAACACGAAACCUCAACGAAAGAAACAUUCAACGGCAUCGAUUUUUCAAAGCUUUUUGGCAGACUCCCAGACCCCGACACUGAUCUCCGCCCGUGGCUGUGGGUCUAUUUUGCAAUUGCCACUGCUCAGGCUCUUGUGUACACCUUGUCGGAAGGCCUCACUCUGCUCAUGAUCAUCACAGCAGCAAGGGACCUGUUCAAGAGGGUCAUCACCAAAGUCAGCAAAGCAACUUUUCGGUUCUACGAUGUUACCCCUGUGGGACGCUUGAUGAACCGCCUCGUGUCUGAUAUUGGCAUGAUCGAUGGAGGCAUCAUGAGGCCGUUGCGCGAAGUUGCCGUGCAGUCGAUUACCUGGUUCUCGAGCAUGGUAGUCAUUGCCUCCGUCACGCCGUUGUUCCUUCUGUUUUCUGUUGGCAUGACCCUUUGGUUCGUCUACAUCUUCAUGCGAUUCUUGCCUACUUCUCAAAGCUUGCGAAGAUUAGAGAUGGUCUCUUUAAGCCCACUCAUGUCCAACUUUGGCAUCUUGCUCGACGGACUGGCAACUAUUCGCGCGUUCAAGGCCCAGCAUCACUUCCAGAAUAUGAACAUUUUCGUCACUGAUGCCUUCCAGAAGAUGGACCAUUUCUACUGGAGCCUCCAAGCCUGGCUCAUGUACCGGUUUGACGCUCUCUCCGCCAUUUCAACAUUCGCACUUACCCUCCUCGCGCUCUACAAAGGUCUUUCCCCUGGCCUUACCGCCUUUGUUUUGACCACCGCAUCGGCGUUCGUCGAAGCGACCCACAAUCUCUGCAAGCAGUAUGGCACUCUGCAGAUGGACUUCGUCUCCGUCGAACGUGUGAUCGAGCUCUUGGACAUCCCCGAGGAACCUUGUGGCGAAGUCACGCCUCCUGCUAGCUGGCCUCACCAUUCGGACGACGUUACUUUUGAGAACGUCACCCUCAAGUACGCGCCUCAUUUAGACCCCUCUGUGUCGGAAGCCUCGUUCACCAUUCCCGGCGGUUCGACCUGCGCGGUCCUUGGCAGGACAGGGUCUGGUAAGUCCACCCUGGCCCUAGCCCUUCUCGCAACAAUUCACCCUUCUGAGGGAGCCAUCCGCAUUGGGAACUACAAGCUGUCAGAUGUGGACGUUCAUGUGUGGCGACAGCGCGUGAGCUUCGUCGCCCAGGACCCGGUGUUGUUCCCCGGAACACUGCGGGACAACUUGGAUCCGUUGCAUCAGUACACCGACACUGAGUGCGUGGUUGUCUUGCACCGUGUGCUGGGUCCCGGCUGGGAUCUCUACUCGCACGUCGAAGGCGGAGGCAAGAAUCUGAGCCAAGGCCAACGCCAACUGAUUGGUAUUGGCCGGGCCGUCUUGAGAAGGAGCCCCAUUGUGGUCUUGGACGAAGCCACUGCUUCCAUUGACAAGGAGACGGCCGCAAGGGUGCAAGAGGUCUUGAGAAACGAGCUGACCACGAGUACCGUCAUUACGAUUGCCCAUAGGCUAGAGGCUGUACAGGACGCCAACUACUUUAUCCGUUUGGACAAGGGAAAGGUGGUUGAGCAUGGCCCAACGCAAGGACUAAACCAGUAG